ACCGUUAAAUACGACGAGCAAUAAUUUUCUUGGAUUCUUUUGAAUGUUGGCAGGCUUGCAUAUAUGACUUAUAACGAACAAGUUUGAAGUUGUGUAUAUGAUUUUGCACGUGCUUUUAAUAUGAAAGAAUAUUUCAUUUUUCUUUGAUAUAUUCUUACCAAGAAAUUUUGUUUUUAUUAUACAAAGUGGACCAUAACAAGUACACAUUUUAAGAAAUAUAUUGACGUAAUCAUAAUUUCGAGAUAAAAACACGUGUAGUAGAUAAAAUAAUUAAAAAAAAUAUGAAUGAUUUUAGUGAUGACUCUUUUUCACCUUCUGUUGAUAAACAGAACUAUAAAAAAGUUAUAUAUCAGAUUUUACCAAAAGUAUCUAAUAGAAUGGAUAAAACUACGAAAGAUAUUUUAAAAGUAACAAUUAUUGGUUCUCAAGACUUUUCAUUAAAACUCACUGAUAAUUCUGUAAUAGAAGAUACUCAAGAUAUUUUUCCUGAUAAUAAUGAGAGAAGUACAAACGAAAAUGAUGCUAUUGUCAUUAGCGAUUCAAGCUUUGAUCAUAGUUUAGAUUAUUUUGAUAAAAAGACAAUUAUUUCCCCUGUAGUAUCAAAAGGCACUUAUAAAAGUAUAAUAAGAUCAAAAAAUUAUGCUUUAGAAAUAUCUAAUGAUUCAGAUGAAGAUGAAAAUUUCACUGAAAAAUGGAGAAAUGUAUCAGUGAGAAAUAAAGAUUUUAAUAAAUUUUCUAAUUGUAUUAAGAUAACUAUUUCACGAGAUAAGAAUUCAUUUUACACUUCAGAUGAUAGUUUUAAGAAAAACAGUACACCAAGUUCUGAACACAAUAAAAAUACUAAUGCAUCUAAAAAUGAACAUGUUAGUUCAACACCAAUAAAUAAAGAAGGUAAUGAUGAAAAAUCGAACAAACAGAUACAAAAUAUAUCGGAGAAAAAAGAAAAUAUAUAUACUUCUCUUUCGAAGUUGAACUUAUUAAAUAAAUUGACUAAUAAUAAUAGUAAUAGUAGUAACAAUUCUAAGAAAAACAGUACAUCAAGUUCUGAAGACAAUAAAAAUACUAAUGCAUCUAAAAAUGAACAUGUUAGUUCAACACCAAUAAAUAAAGAAGGUAAUGAUGAAAAAUCGAACAAACAGAUACAAAAUAUAUCGGAGAAAAAAGAAAAUAUAUGUACUUCUUUUUCGAAGUUGAACUUAUUAAAUAAAUUGACUAAUAGUAAUAGUAGUAAUAGUAAUACUAAUAAUUCUAAGAAAUCAGAAACUUGUGUACAAAUGACAAAAGGUGAUCUAAAUAAAAUAUUAAAAAAUAUACAGUCAACGAAAGCUAUCUAUGAAUCUCCAAAAACAAAAAAAACCAAUGAUGCUGUAAUUGAUGAAACUUUAGAUGAUGAAAUACAUCCAGCUUUAUUAAGUGAUGAUAGUUUAAUAAAAAAAUCUAAUAGAUUACCUGCUACAAUAAUAGAUGAAACCCUUUCAAAUUCUGAUAUUAUCAAAAAUCAACGUACUGAAAUAAACACAGUAACUUCAUCUAAAAUACAUGAUCAAUCUGUUGAUUCUCCUAAAGAUAAUACAGUAAAAACCCUAUCUAAAAGAAAAAAAAAAGAAAUUUCAAAUUGGCUUAUGACGGGUUUACCACGAUUGGAUAGUGACAAUUCUUCAUUCAAUAAUGUACCUGCAAGCAAUAAAAAUAGUAUAAGUUCUGGAAACAGUAGUUUAGAAAGAUUGGAGAUGAAUUAUGAAACUCCGAAUAAUAGAGGAAAAAUAGAGUUUAAAAGAAUUGAUAAUUAUUUUACUCCAUUAAAUACAAAAAGUACUCCUAUUGUAUCGCAUCAAUUUUUAGAAAAACCCGAUCCUCCUGUAUUUUCAUACGUUUUCCAGGAAAAUGAUCAAUAUAAAAAUGAAGAUAAAAAGGAAAAUGAUCAAUAUAAAAAUGAAGAUAAAAAGGAAAAUGAUCAAUAUAAAAAUGAAGAUAAAAAGGAAUUGAAUAAUAUGAAUGUUAUCCAAUGUACAGAUAUAUUGGAUAAGUUAUAUGGUCAAGUAUGGAGAGAUAAAGCAGAUGAUUUGCUUUCAACUCCAACAGAAAAACAAUCAAUUGUUAUGAGAAAAGAUAGAACUGUACAAAAGGAUAGAAAAGCUACAAGAAAUAAACAUUAUUCAAUAAAGGCGACAGAUAAACAGAAUACAUCUAGUACAAAUAAGAAAGUAAGAUUAAUAAAUCAAAAGCAAUCUAAGUAUAAUACUUCUUCCUCUGAGAAUGAAAGCGAAUGUUCAUAUUAUACUGCUCUAACAAAUCUACAAGCAUCAAAUAUUGUAUCUGACAAACUUAAUACUAUAUCGUCUUCUGUUCAAAGGUAUGAUAUAUUUUUAUUUAUUUUUUAUGCAACAAUACAAAAUAUAAUUCCCAAAUUUUUUUUUUAUAGACCUAUCGAAAUAUAUGAUUCUGAUACAAAAGACAAAUGUAAUACUGAUUGUGCAGUACAGAAAGUAUUAGAUAAGAAAAUAUCAUCAUUUAACAAUGAAAAAAGCAGUUCUGAUACAAGUGAGUUUGAUCCAGAUGAUGAUAUUACUGAAAAACGUAUACAUAAAAGAGAAAAUAAAUUUUCAUAUAUACAUGGAAUAAAACAAAAUUCAACAAGGACAACAACAAAUAAAAAUCAUUUUCCAUACAUAGAAAGCGAUAAAAAGGAAACAUAUAGUUUCUUAGCCUCUUUAUCUGAUUCAGUACCUCUGACUAUUGCUCAUCCAGAUGCAAAAAAAUAUAGGCAAUCAUAUAAAAAGAAUAAAGAAGAACUUUGCAAAGAUUUGUAUAAAUUAUAUAAUGAAAAUAUUUUUUAUAAAAUGUUACCUGAAGAUAUGGUAAUAGAAUGGAAUAUUCAUAUGAGAGAAGUAGCAGGGUACUGUCAUAAUAGAUCAUAUAUAAAUUCACAUGGACGUCUUUACAGAACUUCAAGAAUAGAACUAUCAACUAAAGUUUUAGAUACACCCGAUAGAUUAAGAGAUACCUUAAUUCAUGAAAUCUGCCAUGCUGCUUGUUGGAUAAUAAAUGGCACCUCAAAUGGUCAUGGAUACUUGUGGAUAACGUGGGCUAACAGGGCCAUGAAAAUAUUCCCUGAGCUUCCUCCCAUUCGUCGUUUUCAUGAUUAUAACAUAAAUACAAAAUUCAUGUAUAAAUGUAUGCAAUGUGGAUGCAGUAUUGGAAGACAUUCAAAGUCUUUAGACAUUGAAAACAAACGAUGUGAUUAUUGUAAUGGAAAAUUUGAAUUAUUCAUCAGAAAAACAACGAAAUCUGGUACAACUCUAAUACAAGCACCAAAAAGAGAACCAAAUGCAUUUGCACUUUAUGUAAAAGACAAUUAUAAUACUGUGAAAAAGGAAACGAACUUAAAUCAUGCAGAGUUGAUGAAACUUUUAGGGAAAAAGUUUUUAGCAAUUAAAAUGGCAAAAGAAGAUGAUAAUAAUACUGAUGAUAAUAAUGACAAAGAUAUAUUUGAUUGGAUGUAUAUUCCAUAUGUAAAAAAUUCUAUGUGAUGUUAUGCAUAUUAUAAUCACAUAUUUAAUCUAACUAUUGGCAGGCACAUCAAUGUGAGAUAUGUUAUAUAUACAAAAAUGAACUAGAUCAUAGUACAUAAAGACACAUAUUUUUACAUAAGAAUUCAAACGCGAUCAAUGUAUGUAAGUUUAUAAAAAAAUAUCGUAAUAAAGAAUACGUAAAAUUU